UUUCGUUACGUCUUCAUAAUUUUGAACAAGCAUUUAGUGCCAUUUACAAAGCUGUUAAACAGUAUAUCGACUUAUUCUACUGUAAUCGUUCCUAAUGUACUGUGAGAUAUAAAUUUUAGCGCAACCUACGCGCAAUUUUAGCGCAACUUAGCGCGCUUAGAGGUUAAAAGCAGGUCGCCGUACAGGAGUCCACAAUGGUCGAAGUUAUCUCGAACGGAGGCGCAGCAGCGCCAGCUCGGAAACGCUCGAGUUCCUCGAGCAGUUCGUCCAGCGACGAGGAGGACAAACGACGACGGCAGCGUCCAGUUAACAAAAAACGCAGGUUCGUUGUCAAGUAAAUAUGAUGAGAGAGAUGAUUCGUAGCUAGCUAAACGGAUGAUUAUCAUGGUAUUGGAAGAUUAAUACGGAUGACGGCCACAAAUGACAUCGCUCAGUGACUGAUUCUUCUUGCGGAAUUUGCCUUCAGCUUCAUGCACUGAUUGCAUUCAUCUGUCAUGUAACGACUGGCGCUUGCUAUGAUAUUCUAUUCGAUUCUAUUGAAUUCCCAAUUAGAUUCUCCUGAUCAGGCAUUUGGUAUGUUAUGUUAUUUAUUUGCGGGUGGUUGUUUGGUGUGUCGGAGAGAUCAGUUGACCGACCACUUUCGCAACACAGACUGCCAAAAUCGACAACUGUCAGUGCGCUUAUAUUUGCGUUUCCAUGUAGUGCUUCGCCGUCUGCGAAACGGAAGGAUUCAGGCCGACGCUCUCGCUCCUCCUCGUCGUCCUCCUCCAGUUCCGGCUCGUCCUCUUCGUCGUCCAGCAGUUCGAGUUCUAGUGCGCGAUCGCGAACGAAGCGGCGCAAAAGCAGCUCGUCGUCCAGCAGCAGCAGUUCUGAGUCGUCGCGAGCGCCGUCCAAAUCCAAGCCAGUCAAGACCAAAUCACCGCCGCCCGCCAAGCGCCGCUCUCCCUCGCCGCCCAAAGCGGAGACUCCGCUGGCGAAGCGGAAGAUCUAUGUGGCUAAGUUGUCGCAGAAUGUGACGCGAGAAGCGCUGCGCGAUGCAUUCAGCUCCUAUGGCAAGGUGGUAUCGAUUGACAUUCCUCCCGAUCGUCAGAAUCCCGUACUGCACCGCAGUUUCGCUUACGUGGAGUUCGAAACCCCCGAUGCGUGCCGUGCCGCUAUUGAGGGAAUGCACAGGUGCACGAUGGAUGGGAAGGAGAUCAGCGUGAGUGAGAUGGACGAGAAUCUAGCCGGUAUGGGAAAUAACCGCCGCACCGGUGGCGGUGGAGGUGGUUACCGCGGCGGAGAUCGACGCCGUAGUCCGCUGCGUCGACGAAGUCGCUCACCGCCGCGCAAAAUGCGUAGCCGUUCCCGAUCACCGCGACGCCGCAGUCCGGUGCGGGAACGCGAACGCCGGGAUCGAAAUCCCGUUCCACGGAAUCGAUAUCGUCGAGGCCGGAGUAGCUCGAGCAGUGAUUGAGCUGGAGUGGAAAUGGUAUUUACGGACGGCAGUUAUUUGGUUCAUUAUUGUAUCGUAUUUCGACUUGGCUCUCAUCCGCUCUCUGUCACUUGCUUCUUUACGUUAUGGUUGUGUAAUCUUUAUGCAUGUAUUUCGUAUUUAUUUGUUUGCUAUUUAAGGUUUGGUGGUUAAAAAGCUUAGUGUCGUCAUAUAUGGUUGCAACCGUUGUGACUUACUUGUCGGUGCUAAUUGUGAGUACAGUACGCUCAUUGUGGGCUGACUUGUUAAGGAUUGCUUUUGCUUGUCCGACCUGACUAAGUAUUAUAACGACCUAGAAGUAUCAGACAUCACUGGAAGCCCAGAAUUAACUAUUAAAUUACAAGUGACGUGUAUACAUGACCGUGCGCGUUUCACAGGAUCGUUUUAUUUAUGUUUUACUGUAUUUGUUUCAAGUAU